AUGGCGUUCCUCGACGCAUUCAAGUUUGGCAAUGACCUCUGGGAUCCGUCCCGGAGGUACGAGACGUCCUGGCUGCUGCCCCCGUGGCUGUUCUUUGCCUGUCGUGCUCUCUUUUUAUCCCCCAUCCCUCGCGUGGUUUCCCUUGAUGCUAACCCGACACCCCCUCGCUUACAGUCUCUGUACGCCUUUACCGACCUCUUCUUCACCCUCGCCUGGGCCUGCACCCACGAUGCCGUCGGCGGCUGCCAGACCGCCCGCCGGUCCUUUUCCUACUUCACCGUGCUCACCUACUGGGGUCUGGCCUUUUACCUGGCCGUCGCCGCCGCGCACACGCUGAGCUACAUGCUGAGAAGCGGCCGCGACUCCCUGCUCGCGCGCCUCCCGCGCCCGCUUCAGGCCCUGCACGCCCUCUUCUACACCUCGGUCGUGACGCUGCCCUUUCUCGUCACCAUUGUCUACUGGAGCAUCCUCUACGCCGGCCGCGGUUUCCCCUCCACCUACGACGCUUGGAGCAACGCCAGCGAGCACGCCCUCAACAGCGCAUUUGCCCUCUUUGAGCUGGUCCUCGCCCGAACCGCCCCGCCGCCCUGGGUACACGCCCUCUGGCUCAUCGUCAUCCUGCUGGGCUACCUCGCCGUCGCCUUUGUGACGCUCGCCGACCAGGGCUGGUACACCUACAGUUUCCUCGACCACGACAGCGUCGGCGGCCGAGGCUACGUCGCCGCCUAUGUCCUUGGCAUUGCCGUCGGCAUCCUCGUCAUCUUUGCCGUGGUAUGGGGCCUGAUUCACCUCCGUGUCUGGGUCACAGAGAAGAAGCUCGGCAUGGAGGGUAAGUUUGUGCGCGGCAGGAACCAGGGUGUAGACCAUAACUCCGAGCAGAGGUCAAAAGAGCAGACUGCGCAGUCUUUCGUUUAG